GUGAGCUGUUCAGGUUUUCUCUGUAAAAACGGAACCUGUAUCUCUGAGAGCAUGCUGUGUGACGGGACUGUGGACUGCAAGGAUGGAUCUGACGAGCUCCCAGAUGUCUGCGGCAGGGCACUGUGUAAAGCAGAUGAGUUUGGCUGCACCAGCGGGCGCUGUGUCUUGGCUCAGUUCCGCUGUAACGGCAUGGAUGACUGCGGGGAUGGGAGUGAUGAGGUGGGCUGCCCUCUCUGCCCCCUGGGCUGGUUCCGCUGCCUGGACUCUGAAGCCUGCCAUCCUGAGACCAGGCGCUGUGACGGGGUCCGUGAUUGUCCAAACGGGGCUGAUGAAGCAGCCGAGCUCUGCGGGACCCUGUCGACCCCCCCCAGAACCUGUCCCAGCUCUGAUUUCCAAUGCGGGACGGGGGAGUGCAUCCCUCAAUCCUGGAGGUGCGAUCGCUUCUCCGACUGCAAUGAUGGGAGCGACGAAAAGGAGUGCGACCGCGAUGAGUGUCAGGAGGGGAACGCCGGCUGCUCUCACCUCUGUGUGGACCUGCCCUGGGGCUUCGUGUGCGACUGUCCUGAAGGGAUGAGGCUGGUGAGGGACACCCAGUGUGAGGAUAUAGAUGAGUGUUUGGAGCCGGACGUGUGCAGCCAGCUCUGCGUUAACCUGAACGGUACCCACAGGUGUGAGUGCCACCAGGGGUACCUCAAAAGCCCCAAAACGGGGGAGUGCAUUGCCCGAGGGCGGGAGGCCAUGGUGGUGUUCAGCUGUGACAGUGGGAUCAGGCUGCUUGAUCCGAGCACUGGGAAGUACAGAGAGAUCUCGGGGAGCCUGGCGGGGGCUGGGGCCAUUGCUGCUGACAUCCCGGGAAACGCAUUGUACUGGGGCGCCCCAAAACUGGGCUCUAUCUACAGGACCGCCCAGGAGGGGGCAGCGGUGACCACGCCUGUGCUGAAUGGAGUGGGGUCACCGCAGGGGGUCGCUGUGGACUGGGUCCACAGGCUGCUCUACUGGACCGACAGCCUCGCCCGUUCCGUCAACGUGGCCUCGCUGGAUGGAGACAGACGUAAGGUUCUGAUUGGUGGGCUGUCUGAGCCGUGGGGCGUGGCCGUGCAGCCACUGUCUGGGUUCUUGUUUUGGUCAGAUGCUGGCACUCCUGCAAGGAUCGAGAGGGCUGGCAUGGACGGGCGAGGCAGGGUGACUCUGGUCUCCUCUGGCGUCAAGAGACCGGUCGCUAUUGCACUGGACCCCACACAACCCUUCCUCUACUGGGUGGACUCCCAGCUGCAUUGCAUCUCCCGGGUGGGGCUGGACGGACAGCACCGCAAGAUGAUUCUGGAAUCAAAGGACUACCUGGGGAGGCCCUUUGCACUGGCUGUCUUUGAGAGUCGCAUGUUCUGGAGCGGUGAUGAUCAGCACUCUAUCUACAGCGCUUCCAAGCUGAACGGUUCUGACCUGAGGGAGCUGGUCUCGAACGUGAGCCCCAGGGGUCUGGUUCUGAUCCACCCUGUCCUGCAGCCAGAGGGUUGGAAUGCGUGUGCGGGAGAGAGAGCUGUCUGUGAGUUCCUGUGUGUGCCUGCACCCCCUGCACACACGGGCGCCCCAGGAUUCACCUGCCUCGAACCCGGGGCCCAGCAUCUCACCCAGAACAGCAGCACAUCUCUUCCACCUCCUCCUCCUCCUCCUUCUCCUUCUCUUUGCUGUGACGCCCCAGGUACCGAUGGCACUUUCUUCAGCAUCCUGGCCCUGAUUGUGGUCCUGUGCCUGCUGUUGAUCGGCUGUUUGGUCUGGUGGUGGAGAGUGGAGUUCAGCUCCACCACAUCCAUCUCUCUGCAUGAGUCCACAUUCCUCAAGCAGUCCUGGGACCCCGUGGAGCCUCAGAGCUGGCAUGAGACCUCAGAGCGAGAGGACACCUUCUUGAGGCUGGAAGCAGACAUUGAUUGACAUGUAUCAUUGCUGGAACAUAGUGGUGAUUGGGACUUUUCUACUGACAGACUCUGGAUGUUUCUGGUUCUGGUUAUCUGGACCCAAGGAGUUGCUGUACUGGGGGUGGGGGGGGU